AUGAUGCUACUUGAACCCGGUUACCUGUGCGCCUACGAUUUUCCGUUGGUUCAUUUCUCAAGGCAGAAGAAAAUCGUGACCAGUGAAGUUUUAGACCAAUAUGCUGUGGACAGUCCAUCCACCAGUCGAGCUUGGUUUCGCCGUCCCGAAGAGAAUACGCUCAAUGACUCUCCCGCUCAGUCAUGGUCAGCGGCGAUUCAAGCGGCGUUGAUGCCGGUCACACCACAGUCAUCAAUAGGUGGUCAGAAGCGAGCAAAACGACAUGGCCAAACUCAAAGUGCCCAACGA